UGAGAGCGACAGGUUUCUUUUUAUCUAACAAGUGACCGAUAGCUCAGGUUAGAUUUUGUCACAAACUGGCAAAUUUGCGUGACCCACAAUAGCAGCUUUAUAUUUUGUUUCCUGGAGACGCCAGGAAGAGCUCUCUUAGGUUGGAGGUUAGAUGGACGUAUAUUUACAGGGAUUACAGUUAUCAAUAUAUGUACAAAUCUGGAUGUGUCGUCUUUGCCGGAUAAAUAUACAAGGAUAUAAACCGAUGGGUGAAUUCAAUGCUCGAUAGACUUAUAGUUAUUUACCAGGCAUAUAUUAUAGAGACAACUAACUCUGUGAUCGACAGAUGACAUUUACAGUGUCAUUAACUCACUAACAGAACAGAUGGCCAAGUUAUUUGCUAGUACAAUCUAUCGACGUCCAUCCCUGACAUUCUGUGGUCUAUAUUCAGCCUGAUUUUGUAGUUUGGACGAGAUAGGUAGUGUCCGAGGCAGCCCUGGUUCCCUAACUCCUGUGUCUGAAUGCUGUCUGCAGAGUCCUGACUGUCAAUCAGAAUACAUCAGGUUGAGAAGAACCGGUAUGAGUGGGUGAGUGUACACACUAAAUGUGUCUGUCCAAUGAUGAAUUACUGAUAGAGAAAACAAUAGCUGCUUGUUGAGUGGGGCUGAUUGACCAACUGUUGUGUACAGAAAUUGUUUACACUGUGCCAAUGACUGCAGGCUAGCGAUGAUUCCACAUGAUCUCUGUUCACUUUUAUAUUACUUCACCACUGACCUUGGUGACUCCCACCUAUGUACACCUCACUUACUCCCGAGGCUUUUAAUGACUCCAGAUCAGCCUUUCAACAACAGUGAUAUGUACCCCUGCUGAAGUUUAAGUGGGCUUUGUCAACUGUUGGAUAUUUUACAGUUUUAUGGGACAAUUUUUGUGCUGUUUAUCAUUUGGUCCCUGGAUUAUACAGACCUUAUAAGAACCUGGCAAAGUCCAGGGUGUUUGUUUUUGUUCUGCUCUGUUUGAAUCGGUGUAUACAUUUAAUAGAAGAUUUUCAAAGCUCUAUGGCUCAUUCAAGUGAAACGUUCAUGGUCUAAAUAUAUCCACCGGCAUUUACUAUGUAGAAGACAGUGGAGUACCCAGAUCAGGUCAGAGCUUAUACACGCAAGAUGGAGCAAAGUGUUGAGGUUCAAACCUGCACUGAUCCUCAGAAUUGGGAGAACAGGGACUCUCAUGAUCGUAUCACAGACCACAAUGGACCUAUACUACCUAAUGGACAGUGUUCCAAAACAGACUGCAAAAAGCAUGGAAAGGAUGACAAUGUGAGAUUAACAAAUGGAGAAAAUGAGAAAGAGGCCUGUUCUUCUACUCCUCAUAUUGAUGCCUCCCUGCCCAAACCAGAGGUCAGCAACCCAGUAGGAAUCGAGACCUUUGACGGGAACGUUCAGUACCAGUUUGGUGAGCCUCCACCCUGUGAGUGCGAUGAAUGUAUCCUUGAGAACGGAGAUGAGAUCAAGCCCCCUGUGAAAAAAUUCAAUAGGCUAUCGGGAGCUGAAGGGCAAAGUUCAUGGAAAAAGAUCAGAAACAUUGUUCACUGGUCACCCUUUAUUCAACAAUUCAAGAAAAACAGGUAUCCUUGGAUACAGUUAGCUGGCCACCAAGGAAAUUUCCAGGCAGGAGAGCCUGGGGCUGUGUUGAAAAAAUAUGAUUCUCGAGAACAGAAAGCGUUUGAUAAAUUGAUGAAAGAUGUGCUCCGUUCCUAUGUACCAGAAUACAGAGGGGAUGUGCUAAAGAACAAUGAGAAAUAUUUACAGCUACAGGACCUACUGUGCGAGUUUGACUCGCCUUGUGUCAUGGACAUAAAAAUGGGAACUAGAACUUACCUAGAGGAGGAGCUAGAGAAAGCUCGAGAAAAACCCAAGCUCAGGAAGGACAUGUACCAAAAAAUGAUCGAAGUGGACCCCUCAGCCCCUACAGAGGAGGAGAAUGCCCAGGGAGCAAUAAUCAAACCCCGCUACAUGCAGUGGAGAGACGAGAUGUCUUCCUCCACACAUCUCGGUUUCAGAAUUGAGGGAAUCAAGAAAAUGGAUGGUGCUUCCAGUAAAAACUUUAAAAAAACCAAAACUCCAGAGGAGGUGAAGGAAGCAUUGAAGCAUUUUGUGGGAACUGAUCCCGAGGUCUAUUCUAGAUACAUUAAGCGACUAAAAGCCAUUCGUGUCACGCAGGAAUCAUCCGAGUUCUUCAGUGCACAUGAGAUUAUUGGCAGCUCUCUUUUGUUUGUGCAUGAUAAGUCAAAGCAGGCCAGUGUGUGGAUGAUUGACUUUGGAAAGACAAACCCUCUCCCAGAUCAUGUUAAGGUCAAUCACCGCAACCUCUGGGUCGAGGGCAAUCACGAGGAUGGGUACUUGUUCGGAUUGGACAAUCUGAUUUCCAUACUGGAGACAAUAGAACAGGAACUCCUCAGUGUAGCAGAGAGAGAAAACAGUAACAUUCCAUGUGAAUAGAAUCAUCAGCUCUGCUGCCAAAAGUGUUGUGAAAUAAAACCCCACUCCUCCCCCACCCCUUAAAUCUCAAGGGUCCCUCCCCGGGGAGGGGCUCUGUGUCUGGCUGCACAGGGCCCCACCCCAGCCAGUGUGCUCAGGGUCUGAGGUCCUGUGUUUAGAUGUAGUAUAGGGCAUACCUGAAUUUACUCUAGAAUUAAUCCUCAAACAUAUGAAAAGAUUGAAGGUAUGUGGAGCUGUGUGAUGCAUGACUGGCCAAGCUCUGGUGUCAAAGCAAUGACAAUUGAACGAUGAUUGGAACAGCGAGGGAUUCAACACAAACAAAAAGUCAAACUCACAAAUUAACUCCUCAACUUGGACAUUUUCUCAGUUAUGCAUGGGUGUGAGAUAAUAAGAUUAUAAUCAUGUAUUGUUUUACAUGUGCAAAAGAUGGUUUCAUCUGAUGUAGAAAAAAUAUACAUUUACUGCUUCUCUGUAAUCUGUAUAUUACCCACACAUGGUCUUUGGUUCUGCUCCAAUGAAACAUUGUCUGGAUAUCUGAUUUUAAAUGCAAUGAUGUACAUUUUCCCUCCAAUUUAGAAUUCCUUUUCUUGUGACAGGUAAAUCCUUAUUUCAUUUCCACACUUAUGUUUGUAAGUAAUAUAAUGCCAAGGUAUGUCAAUGUAUUGUUUUUUUUAUGUUAAGAAAUCAAGAAAUCAAGAUCUUCCAAAGCAGAGCAGCUGUAUAUCCAAGUUAAUGGUAUUAUUAUAUUGUACUUAACAAUUCUGAUUGGUUCCUUGAUCUGUGGCCCUCGUCAGCCAGACCACGCGAGAUGAUAUGUAUCAUAUAACAUGUAUAGAUCUGUGAAUUUUUUUUUUUUCAUUAUUCUAUUAUGUAUUAUAACAUGUAUUGUUACCAUGUAGCCAGCAUACAUAACCAGUCUUGGACAGGUUUGUUAAUUAUGGAAACUGUUGAUCAGAGUGUAUCGUGUAAUCUUGUGGGUGUUUUUUUUUUUCUCUAUCUCAAAACAAAGUUUUAUUGUGCAACUAUCUGAAAUAAGAAAUUUCAUGAUAAGUUUUGUUAUUACGUCAAAGUACUUACAUGUAUAUGAUAAAGAAAUAUUUGAUUUAAAGCCAAUUGGCCAUGCCUUUACUUGCCAUAUUGGUAUAAUAAAAUCAGUCCACAUAUAUUAUUGUACACACGUAUAUUUUAAAAAAAAGGUUCAUUUUGAAUGUGUAUAUGAAAGUCAAAUCAUGUCUCAGUUAUACAGGGGAUGGUAUAGCCUCUGACCUAACCUCUGGCCCCUCUUUUUUAUUGGAGGCUUGUGGACGACACUGGGCAGUGGAAAAAGGUGUCUGUCACAUGGCAACAGCAAAGUGCAAUAUUUGUAGAGUGCUUACCCCUCUUCCCCCAGAGGGGACUUCUUUACAAUCUACAUUGUAUAUAUACAUGUACAAGGUUUCUGUGUCAAUUUCAAGAAUGUAGACAGUGAUAAUGAAAUCUACGCUAUUUGUGCUGAUUUUUGUUUUCAUUAAAAUUGACAUUUUCUAACAUAAGGAGAUAUUUCUUCAGUGUGAUGUAAUGAAAAGUGAGUGGGGUGUUUCUGGGUCUUUCCUUGUUCUGUUUUAUUGAAUAACUAAAAAUCUAGCUAUAAAGUUUAACAUGUCAAGCAGGUGUCGAUUUCUUGGGAAGAGUGGAUGACCUUUGUAUAUAUAUACUGAAAUGUCAAAUUCAUGUCAGCAUGAUAAAUUUUCAUGUUAUAUUCUGCUUCUAUGAUGUUUUCUACAAAAUUCCGAAAACUUUGAGUUUGAAAUAUUUGAAUAAAGUUCAUAUAAUUUCU